CACGAGUGAGGAGGUAACGAGCAGAACUUGAACGUAGCAUCACGCUCUCGCUGGCUCACACGGAUACACGCGCAACCAGCAGCGUCUGUUUGGCCAAACUAAAGUGUUCCGCUGUUGAGUGAACGGUGUUAGACACACCAAACAAACCGCCAUGGAUGUGAUGUUUCGGGGACAGGACCAAGGUCAGAGAGGCGACCGGAGGAUGUAACGGCAGCUCCAGAGCUGUUGGGACUGCACGAGGCAGUGAAUACAAAAGGAACCGCCGAGGAGAAGAGACGAUGGCGGGGAGAGCAACAGCAGCAGCAGCAGCAGGAGGAGGAGGAGGAGAAGGAGCGGGUUUCUCAGCGACCCGAGCUUCAGUUUUUUGAAAUCACCAUUAACUUUGAAGUAAAAAAAUAAAAAUCCUCCAGCAUGUCGGAUCCGAGUCACUGGUCCGCGGUGCCGAGUCAGAACAAGUCCCAUUUUGUUCCAGGAGCGUUGCUGAAGCGCUCGAAAAGCUGUCGCAGUAGCAACAGGAAGAGCCUCGGUGUCGGGACACCAUCACCAACGCUGUCCCGGCCGCUCUCCCCACUCUCACUCCAUACUGCUGCGAGCAGCCCUCUAGACAGCCCUCGAAAUGUGUCGACCAGUGCCUGCCUUAACUUUCCAUUUGCCCGAAGUCACUUGGCUCGCGCCGACAGAGCUGAGGGCCGGAGAUGGUCCCUGGCAUCCCUCCCCUCGUCUGGCUAUGGAACCAACCCGCCGAGCUCCACUGUCUCUUCCUCCUCUUCCUCCCAGGAACGUCUUCACCAGCUUCCCUACCAGCCGACACAAGAUGAGCUGCACUUCCUCUUCAAACACUUCCGCAGCACAGACAGCAUGACCGAUGAGGAUGGGCGGCCCUCGACAGUCAUACGACCUCGUUCCCGGAGCCUCAGCCCCGGGCGAUCGAGCAUCUCCUUUGAUAAUGAGAUUGUCAUGAUGAACCAUGUUUACAGAGAACGUUUUCCAAAGGCCACAGCCCAGAUGGAGGAGCGCUUGUUUGAGAUUAUCACCCACUGCUCUCCAGACAGCUCCCUCCCGCUGGCUGACGGGGUGCUCGGUUUUAUCCAGCACCAGUUGGUUGAGCUGGUCAGAGACUGCCUGGACAAGUCCCAGACAGGCCUGGUUACUUCCCGCUACUUCGCUGAGCUGCAGGAGAAGCUGGAGAAGCUGCUUCACGAGGCCUAUGAGCGUUCCGAAAGCGAGGAGGUAACCGUCAUCAUCCAGCUGGUGAGGAAGAUCCUCAUCAUAAUCUCUCGGCCGGCUCGCCUCCUGGAGUGUCUGGAGUUUGACCCGGAAGAGUUUUAUCACUUACUUGAGGCAGCAGAGGGUCAUGCCAAAGUCGGCCAGGGAAUCAAGACGGACAUCCCGCGGUACAUCAUCAGCCAGCUGGGUCUGACACGGGACCCAUUAGAAGACAUGGUACAGCUUGAACAGUAUGAUGCCAGUCCUUCAGUGUCAGUGGAACCAGAUGCUAAUGUGGAGAAUAAAGCCCCACAGACGCUGACACCAACUAGAAGGAAACCUCUCGAGAGUGACUUUGAAACGAUCAAACUCAUCAGCAAUGGAGCUUACGGGGCUGUGUAUCUGGUCCGCCAUAAGGAGACCCGCCAACGGUUUGCCAUGAAAAAGAUAAAUCGUCAGAACCUGGUCCUGAGGAACCAGAUCCAGCAGGCUUUUGUGGAGCGAGACAUCCUAACUUUUGCUGAGAACCCCUUUGUUGUCUCCAUGUUCUGCUCAUUUGAGACAAGACGCCACCUCUGCAUGGUCAUGGAGUAUGUGGAAGGUGGAGAUUGUGCCAACCUGCUCAAGAACAUGGGCCCACUGCCUGUAGAAAUGACAAGGAUGUACUUUGCUGAAACAGUCCUGGCCCUGGAGUACCUUCACAACUAUGGUAUUGUGCAUCGGGAUCUUAAACCUGACAAUUUGUUGAUUACAUCCAUGGGCCACAUCAAGCUGACAGACUUCGGCCUAUCUAAAAUUGGCCUGAUGAACAUGACCACCAACCUGUACGAGGGUCACAUGGAGAAAGACACAAGAGAGUUUGUUGACAAACAGGUGUGUGGCACUCCGGAGUACAUUGCCCCAGAGGUGAUCCUCAGGCAGGGCUAUGGGAAGCCAGUGGACUGGUGGGCGAUGGGGAUCAUCCUCUAUGAAUUCCUGGUUGGCUGUGUUCCGUUCUUUGGAGACACAACCGAAGAGCUUUUUGGACAAGUUGUCAGUGAUGAAAUCAUUUGGCCAGAAGGAGACGAUGCCUUGCCUGCUGAUGCCCAGGACCUGAUCACCCGCUUGCUCAGUCAGAGUCCUUUAGACCGACUAGGAACUGGUGGAGCUUCAGAGGUCAAACAGCACCCGUUCUUCCUGGGUUUGGACUGGAAUGGACUCCUGAGGCAGAAAGCAGAAUUCAUCCCUCAGCUGGAGGCGGAGGACGACACCAGCUACUUCGACACUCGUUCAGAGCGCUACCAUCAUUUGGCCUCUGACGAGGAUGAGGAAACCAAUGAUGAAGAGUCUUCCUUGGAAAUCAGACAGUUUGCUUCCUGGUCGCAUCGCUUCAGCAAGGUUUACAGCAGCACAGAACAUCUGGCAACGCCGUCCAACCUGAGCUUCUCCUCUGACCGCAGCCACAGUGAGGAAAAGGAGGACCGCGGGGACAUGGGAGGACUCAGUCCCUCCCCGGGCCCAGCAGAGGGCAGCGUGGAGCGCAGACAUGCCGGACGCAUGGCCAGCCUUCGCCCUCGGGCCUCCUCCAGCUCCUCCCAGUCUGAGAGGAGCACCAGUCCUCUGGUGAUGAGCAGCACCCACAGCCUGGAAACCAUGCCCCGCUUUGCCCUCUCCACUGACGAUGAAGCUGAGGUGGUUGUGUCAAACCUUCGGAGGAUCAGGAUUCGCAGUAACAGCACCGGGGCCAAACACUCAUCCCCCAAGGACCUGGCAGGCCCUCGACGCUUCGGUAACCAGCUGGAGACGCCGGACAGACAGAGGCUUCCCUUCGGAGGGAAGGUUCCCAAGUCAGCCUCUGUCUCAGCCCUGUCUCUCAUCAUCACUACAGAUGACACGCCUGGCGGCCUCCAGCCCAGUCCCAUCUCCCCACGCUCUCUGUCCUCCAACCCUUCGUCCCGUGACUCCUCCCCCAGCCGGGACCUGUCGCUCAGUCCCGGCAGCCUGAGGCCUCCGAUUGUCAUCCACACCUCAGGGAAGAAGUACGGCUUCACCCUGCAGGCCAUCCGUGUCUACAUGGGCGAUAGCGAUGUCUACACGGUGCAUCACAUGGUGUCGAGUGUGGAGGAGGGCAGCCCGGCUCACCAGGCAGGUCUCUGCACUGGAGAACUCAUCACCCACGUGAAUGGAGAGUCUGUCCAAGGCCUGGUCCACCCUGAGAUGAUAGAACUGCUACUGAAGUGUGGCAGCAAGGUGGCGCUUCAGACCAUAGCACUUGAGAACACGUCAAUCAAAGUGGGUCCAGCUCGAAAGACCAAACACAAAGGCAAGAUGGCUCGUCGCAGCAAGAAGAGCAAGAGGAGAGAUAAUUACGACAGGCGACGAAGCAUCUUGAAGAAGCUGUCCAAGCAGAGCACGGUGAUGCACAGCAGUCGCAGCUUUUCCUCAGGUCUCCACCACUCAGUUUCUUCCAGUGAGAGUCUUCCAGGCUCCCCGACACACAGCCUCUCCCCCGGCCCCUCCACACCCUGCCGGAGCCCCGCACCCGACCAUCAGGCCUUUGACAAUAACUCCCCUCAGAGCACAUCUCCUUGCUCCAGCUCUCCCAGUUCCCCAGCUGCACACAUCCGGCCCAGCUCUCUCCACGGCCUGGGCUCCAAACUCAGCACACAGCGCUACACCAAGGUGGGCCGCCGGAAGUCAACUAGCAACAUCCCCCCCUCCCCCCUGGCCUGCAACUCCUCCUCAUCCUCCACCCAGCCUCUUUCUCCACAGCGCUCUCCCUCUCCGCUCUCAGGCUUCGCCAAAACCCUUCAUACCUACCACGGCAAGACCCUGUCCCCACCCACCAUCGUUAGACACAUUGUCCGGCCCCGAAGCGGGGAGCCACCUCGAUCUCCUCUACUGAAGAGGGUACAGUCAGCUGAGAAGCUGUCUUGUGUGUAUCAUGCUGACAAGAAGUCGUACGCCCCCCGCAGGCACACACUGGAAGUGCCAUUUUACGGUGAGGGGGACCUGCUGGGUGACUCAGAGGCAGAGGGUGCCUGUGGAGGCUCCUACAUGGGGGUCGAUCACAGCAGGCUGGGGGGAUACAUCUGCAGCCAGAGGAUGAGGGACUCUGGGAUUGAACGAUCAGAGCAGCUGGUCGUGAUGCGAAAGCUCAACCUAUCAGAGAGGCGAGACUCCUUUAAGAAACAGGAGGCGGUGCAGGAGGUGAGCUUUGACGAACCUGAGGAGAAAACCAGCACCACGGUCACAGUGACCACCACAGCUCCAAGUGGCCAAACGCAGCAACAGCAGCACAGGAUGGCCUGGAUGCUCACUCGACCCCGAACCAGCGAGGAGGUGGAGCUAGAAGUUCCGGUGGUGAGGAGGUUCACACUGGUGCCCCAGAUCGCCGUGCAGGGCUCAACGGAGAGCGAGGAACAGGAUGAGUGGGAGCCGUGUUCAGAUGGAGAGGAAACCAAUGAGAAACCCGAGCUGGAGGUGGGCGUCACUUCAUCUCAACUGCAACAGACAGGAUGUCCUCUCACUGACAACAGCUGCAGUCAGGCAGCAGAAACCACCUCUGCUGGUCCUCAGGUUGGACAAUCAACAGAGAAGACUGAGUGCAGAGAGAAAACUUCACAAAAAGGGCAUCUGAAAAAGUGACAACUCACCACUGCACUCAUUUCAACUGCUCAUAUAUUUUCUUUCAAGUCUUUUAAAAGUUGUAAACUCAUUUACAAACUUGUCUGGCUGAGAGAGAGUGGGAGAAGAUUUUACUUGAAUUUUGUAAUUGUAAAUAUUUGCCUCAAGGCAUUGCGGAUGUUCUGGUCUUAUUUAUUACAUUUGCAAACUGGGAAAGAGGGAAGAUCUCAUUGGUUGAAUAGCCAAGGCUCAGCAUUUUUGUAUCCAUAAAAUGUGGUUUUAUGUAUUUUGACUGGAUUGUUUUAUUUUUAUUUUAUAAAUGUCUAUUUUUUAAAUAAAUUGUCAUGGUACAGACUAGUUUGAUAAUGCUGGGCAUAAUUGUUGAAGGACCAAAAGGUACGAGAAGUCAUUUUAGAAGCUGAAGUUGUAGUUAUUUUUUUUAUUUUUUUUUCUCCUCCUUGUCAGUGUCAGUUUAGAUCUGAACCGUUCAGCUUCCACUAGUGUAAUACUGCUAUUAUCUUGAUCUCCAUAAACCUAAGAAUGACCUUUGGUUCACACUGUGAGCUACAUGGUUGAUUUGUCAUUUUCUGAUCAACUGUCAGCCAGACUACAACUACAGUACUGGUGUUUUUGCUGCUUUGCUUUGGCCUUAAAUAGCACUACAUCCUAGAAGAAAACGUCAAAGCUACCGAGCACUUAUUAGCAGGCAGGAAGAGAAUUAUGGUUGUCUGACAGAAGACAGACAUGAAAAGAUUAGUUGUGUGGCCCAUGUUUCUCUGACAACUUCAUUCGAUUUGUGAGAAAUAAAAGUACUUCCACUGACUUGUUGAUCAUGUUCCUUGCAGUGUGAAUUUAUGGUCACAGCGUAGUUCUUCUUAAAUGUGGAACCAGUCAGAACAGGGUAAUAUUGCACACUGACACUGUCUAAGUAUGACUUUAAAGUACAAUCUGUUAUGAAGCUGACUCAAAAAGGGUAUUAUGUGCCAUGAUAUCAGUGCUGUAUCCUUUAAGCCAUAUCUUUGAAGACAGAAAUGUCAGUUGAAAUCAUUUGUGUUUGUAAUCUCAACUCCACAUGAAGAUGUUUCUAAGUAUGUUGUUUUUUCCACUGUUAUUGCAAUCUUGACAACAUCUCAUUAAAAAUUAAGUUGAGGAUGAAGUUGUGGAUGUUGCAGAACAUGACACACUCUGCUUUGUGGCUUCUCGAUAUAGACUAGGUGUGAUACCAUAUCAUAGAGGUAUCUCAAAUGAGUUUUCUUUUGUUCUGCUCACUUUUUGACAUCUGUAAACACUGAUUCAGCAUGGCUUUGCGUCUCGCUGUAAUAACCUGUUCUACUCAAAGCAUGCAAUUAGCAGGAAAAACAUUAAGCAGCCAAAUCAAAGUCGAUGUCUUCUUCAGAGCCUGGAGGGAAUGAAUAUCUUUUUGUUUAAAACAUUUUAGUAUUUAUUUUUUGGUCUUUCCUUACUUAUAGUAACAAGACAUUUUUACCUGGAAAUGUGUUGGAUCCUCAUGUAUUUUUUCCUGAAACAGUAGCUUUUGUCGUUUUUCACAUGAGCAUGUAAGAAACACUUUGCCUAAAAGACCUGUUCCUACUUUAUUUACUGUGUAGUGAUGUUUACAUCGAGGGAGAAAGUGCACUAAUGUAUUUUGACAUGAAUUUUGUAAGUGAAUAUUGAAGGUAAAGUGAAUCCAAACCCAGGGCUUCUUUGGACAAAUGUUUUAUGUCUUUGUAUUGUACAAAUAUUGAUGUAUAUUUUGAUAACAAUGGUGUGUAUGAUUCUAAAUGUUUUGAAGGACAUAUGCACAAUGACAAUUUGAGGAACCGGGAUUUUAGGAAAUCUGACUUGAGGGAAUGGGCUGUUUUUACAAAAAACUUUGCUGUGAUUCAGAACCGUAUUUCACAUCCAGUAGACUGGAUGUACUUCACAUUUUCCCACUACAGAGAUGGAAUUUGAGGUGUGAUGUCUCCUUUGUCAGUGGCUGUUACUGGCUUUUGUACCAACUUUCUCUUGAGUCUUCUGUUUAUAAAUCAUCAGAAUUGUUGAUGUGUUCCUGAAGUCCUUCUUCCUCCUUUUAAAAGAAGUCCUUAAAUCUCAUGAUGACGACCUCACAGGAUGCUGUCGUGUCAGCGAACAGCACAGUGAGAUUAUGUCGGUGGACGGCCCAGUUAUUUUUGCAGUCUGACAGAAUAGUUUACAAUGAACAAACAUGCUAUGUACUGUACAGACAUUUUAUAUCCUGUGGCUGUAUAUGAGGAAACUACCCUCUUUGAUACCGUGAAAAAGAAAACAACACGUAUAGACGUAACAUAUCUGUUUUUGUUUUGUUCUUUUGAAACUGUUCAUAAAGAGUAAUUUAGCACCAAGUUGAGAAGCAUUUAGUGUUUCUAGAUGCACUUAAGUAACUGGUUUCUCGUCACCAUUUUGAAAAUACCUGUUUUCGUAGAUGUCAUGUAAAAGGAGCAACCCAGUUUUAUUAACUGAGCUGAGGGAUGAAAGGAAACCUGAUUAACACAGCUAGAUUUCUUGGCCAUGUGUUCGCUUAACCUGGUUUAUAAUGUUUUGGGGUUUUUUGCAUAUGCAUAUUUGCAUGAAAAAGAUGUCAUACGGGGAAAGUAAUUCUGCAGAGGGAUGAGUUUUUAAAAAUCAUUUCUCAUACUUGGUACAUUCAUGUAAAUAAAAUAAGAUACAAAUCAGACAAACUAAAACAGCAGAUUUAACACUAUUUGUACAAUUCACACACUUAUAGUUAAAGAAUACAUCACUAACACAAAAUAUGACAGACUUCCAAAAUGAUAUGGCAGAAGCUUUAGGAGAAACCUUGUUGCAGUGCAUGUAUUCCUGAUUUCUAGGAAUAACCUGGUUUCUUAUGUGAAUGUAAAUGUAGUCAGUGCUUGAUUGGUCUCUACUGGUUGAAGGCUUCAAGUCUGUGACAGUAUGUGACAGCUAUAAGGUAAAAAAAACUUCAGCCACUGGAGGUCAGCAAAGACAAGAUUCUCAGCUGGUGUUAAACUUACUCUUAAGAACAAACUGGCAGGUCAAACUGUUGUACAUGUGCACGUGUUCUCCUGUGGACUCUUCUGUUCAGUGCAUGCUGCAUGAGACAAGCACACAUCUGUAAUACUUGAUUGCAUGGUAUACCGGCGGUGUCGCCCUGUACUGUGUUUUCUUGUGCAACAAAUAAAAUUUGUAUUUCUCUUUGA